AUUCUACUAGUUGUGAGCCUGCGCGGUUUUAUCUGUGUGAGUGACCGCCCGCGGCACCGGCUGGCGGCGGCAUCGCCGGUCCCAAGUGCGCUGUUCCCCCGGAGGAGUCUCAGGGCAGGUCGAAGCCGCCUGCGGGCCGUGUAGGUAGUCCCGGGGCGGAGCGGGCCGCGGUGCCGCUCUAGCCGCGCCUCUAUGGUCGGCGCUUCCGGCCGCCGAGCUUCCGGCCGCGCGACUUCCGGUCGCCGCCCGCCGGUGCGAGGUCCCGCCGCCUCCGCAGUCUGCCCGCGCCCCCGGUCCGGUCCGGUCGCCGCCGACCGAGGCCGCCGCGGCCGCAAUGGGCGCCUACUUGUCGCAGCCCAACACGGUGAAGAGCUCCGGGGACGGCGCCGGGCUCGGGCCGCGCCCGCUGCACUUCGGGUUCAGCGCCAUGCAGGGAUGGCGCGUCUCCAUGGAGGAUGCCCACAACUGCAUUCCCGAGCUGGACAGUGAAACAGCCAUGUUCUCUGUCUACGAUGGACACGGAGGAGAAGAAGUUGCCCUGUACUGUGCCAAGUACCUCCCUGAGAUCAUCAAAGACCAGAAGGCCUACAAGGAAGGCAAAUUGCAAAAGGCCCUGGAAGAUGCAUUCUUGGCCAUUGAUGCCAAGCUCACCACAGAGGAGGUGAUUAAGGAGCUCUCUCAAAUGGCUGGGCGGCCACAGGACGAUGAAGAUGAGAAGGAGAAGGUUGCUGAUGAAGAUGAUGUGGAUAAUGAGGAAGCUGCUCUCCUGCACGAAGAAGCCACAAUGACCAUCGAGGAGCUUCUCACACGUUAUGGACAAAACUGCACCAAGAACCUCAAAGCCAAGUCUGUAGCUGCAGCUGGGGAUAGCGCUGUGGAGGGGACAGGCAAGCAGCAUGAUGGGGAGUCAAAUAUGAAUGGAGAGGCUGACCCAGGGGAGCUUCCCGACCACAAGGAGAGGAAGAACGGGAAGCCAGACGAAGAAAUCACGGGUAUUUCCUCCACCUCAGACAAAGCCAGCGCUGGAGGCAACAGCCCUGCUCUGCAGAAGCCUGAACUAGGCAAAGGUGACGAGGCCGUCACCUCUUCCACUGGGGAGGCCGGGCCCUCCUGCUCCUCCACGGGAAAGCCCCAGCGCACAACCAAAUCCAAAUUUUUUGAGGACAGUGAGGAUGAGUCAGAUGAGGUUGAGGAAGAGGAGGAAGACAGUGAGGAAUGUAGUGAGGAUGAGGACGGUUACAGCAGCGAAGAGGCAGAGAAUGAAGAUGAUGAAGAUGACACUGAAGAAGCAGAGGAGGAUGAGGAUGAAGAGGAGGAAAUGUUGUUACCGGGCAUGGAGGGGAAAGAAGAGCCUGGCUCAGACAGCGGGACCACGGCCGUGGUGGCGCUCAUCCGGGGCAAGCAGCUGAUCGUGGCCAACGCCGGCGACUCGCGCUGCGUCGUGUCCGAGGGUGGCAAGGCCGUGGACAUGUCCUACGACCACAAGCCAGAGGACGAGGUGGAGCUGGCCAGGAUAAAGAAUGCUGGUGGCAAGGUCACCAUGGACGGGAGGGUGAACGGCGGCCUCAACCUCUCCAGGGCCAUCGGGGAUCACUUCUACAAGCGGAACAAGAACCUGCCUCCAGAAGAGCAGAUGAUCUCUGCCUUGCCUGACAUCAAAGUGCUGACAAUAAACGAUGACCACGACUUCAUGGUCAUUGCCUGUGAUGGAAUCUGGAACGUGAUGAGCAGCCAGGAAGUGGUGGAUUUCAUCCAGUCGAAGAUCACCCAGAAGGAUGAGAAUGGAGUCCUGCGGCCACUCUCCUCCAUUGUAGAAGAGCUGCUGGAUCAGUGCUUGGCUCCAGACACCUCAGGGGACGGCACGGGCUGCGAUAACAUGACCUGCAUCAUUAUCAGCUUCAAGCCCCGUAACACACACCCACCUGCCGAGAGUGGGAAGCGGAAACUGGGGGAGGCAGUGGCACCAGCAGAGGAGAACGGUGGGGACAGCACCAAGAAGGCCAAACUGGAGUAGCAGGGCCCACCUGGGGACUGGGCUGUGCUCACCAGACUCUCGUUUCUUACCCAUGCUGAACUCAAGACUGCAGGUCUUGUCCUUUUUUUAGCCUUAGCAGAGGCCUUGUUUGUCCGUGUCCUGGUGGGGGGUGGGCGGGUCUGGUUAGCAAGGGCAUGUCCACUGUUCAUCCGUAACCAUUCCAAAGAGGGAGCCGGGAUGAGCCGCGCCCGGGAGCGCCGCGCCGCACGCUCCGUGCCGAGAGGAGCAGGAGGAGGAUGUCCCCCCAUUGUCUCCAUGUGGUUGUUGCCAUUUCUGUGCCUGUGAAUUUCUGUUUGGAGGGAAGAACUUUUUCACUGUUGAGGUUUUUUUAAUCUGCACCCGAUUAUUUAAGGCCCUUUCUGGUUUUUUUUGUGAAACAAUCUGGUGGUGGUGCUGCGGCCACGCCGUGUUCAGUUGUACACUUUCAAUCAAUACUUUUUUCAAACUAAAAGACCAGAAAAUACA